AUGCCCCAGCAACACCAAGACGACGUCUCUGAGAAGUCGGACAUCGGCGAGGUCGACCAGCACGCCGUCCCGACGCUCGACAAGCGCCAGUUCGUAAUCAAGGGCGACCUGCAGUAUGUCGGCGAGUCGGGGCACAACAACGCCGAGGUGACGUACCAGAAUGUCGACGGCGCGCCGGUCGAGGUGACCAACCCGCUCGGUUAUCACGUCGGCUGGUGGACUGCGUUCUUCCUCAACGUGUCGAUGAUUAUCGGCACGGGUAUCUUCAGCACUCCAUCCACCAUCCUCCGCGGCACGGGCUCGGUCGGCCUGUCGCUCAUCUACUGGGUGCUCGGCUACCUGAUCACGCUGGCCGAGAUCAGCGUCUUCCUCGAGCUGGCGUUCCCCAAGCCGCAGUACUUCUUCCCGGUCGCGUUCGCGGUCCAGACCGUCAUCCUGCAGUUUAUGAGCUCGAACGGGUUCGUGCUGGCCAGCUACAUCUUCAAGCUGUCCAACCGUGCUCCCAAGGACUGGGAGCUCAAGGGCGUCGCGAUUGCCGGCUUGACGGUCGUCGCGAUUGUCGUCGUCGCGAACAACCGCUUUGCGCUGGGGCUGAUCAACGUGCUUGGGUGGAUCAAGAUUGCCACGCUGCUGUUCAUCACUUUCACCGGCUUCGCAGUCCUCGGCGGCGCGUUCAAGAACAUCCCCCACCCGACCGCCAACUUCCACAACAGCUUCGAGGGCACCAGCUCGGACGGCUACUCAAUCUCAAACGCGCUAGUCAGCAUCAUCUUCUCGUACGGCGGCUCGACCAACAGCUUCAACUUCACCAACGAGGUCAAGAACCCGAUCGGGACGAUCAAGCGCACUGCCUUCGGCGCCGUGAGCGUCGUCUUCGUGCUCUACUUCCUCGUCAACGUCGCGUACUUUGCCGCGCUGCCCAAGGCGACCAUCCUCAAGUCGAGCCAGAUCACCGCGUCGCUGUACUUCCAGACCCUGUUCGGCGCCCAGGCGGCCAAGGGCCUCACCAUCUUCCCCAUCCUCUCGGCGUUCGGUAACCUCACCGCGGCGCUCAUCGGCCACUCGCGCAUGGUGCGCGAGAUCGGAAGGCAGGGCGUCCUCCCCUGGCCCAAGUUCUGGGUCACGACCAGGCCGUUCGGCACGCCCGCAGCCGGCGUCUUGGUCACCUGGUUCGUGAGCGUCAUCUUUGUGCUCAUCCCGCCGGCGGGCAACGCCUUCAACUUUGUCAUCGCGCUGCAGAACUACCCGUCGUCGUUCUACCUCGCCCUCACGACCAUCGGCCUCUUCUUCAUCCGCCGCCAGCGCACGCGCCUCGGCCUCCCGCGCACAGAGUACCGCGGGUGGACCUUCGUCGCCAUCUUCUACGUGCUCGCCAACGUGUUCCUGCUCAUCAUGCCGUGGGUCCCGCCCAAGGCAGGCAUCAACGCCAGCGCCUUUGGCUUCUUCUACGCCGCGUCGUCGCUCGUCGGCCUGGGCUUCAUCGUCAUCGCGUUCCUGUACUACGUGCUGUGGAUCAAGGUCCUGCCCAAGCUCGGCAACUACAGCAUCCGCAAGGUCGUCCUCGACCUCGACGACGGCAGCGUCGCGCACAAGCUCGCCCGUGUGCCCAAUGCCGAGUUGCAGGCGUGGGACGCAAAGCACGACCCCGCGGGACACUCGCUCGCGUCCAGCGAGGAACUCGGCACAGAGUACCGCAUCGUCGAGGAGAACAAGGUGUAG